GUACAUUUUGGUCCCAAGUCAGCAUUGACUAAGAAGAAAAGGUCUGGUGCUGUAAUGAUUAAGUCAGGUGACCAAUUUAGAAUAACCAAAUAUGAUCAUACCCCUGAGGAUUUCUUGGAAUGGAUGAAUCAGAAGACAACUCGAGAUGUGAAAGUCUUCCGUACCUCUCAUGAGAAGUUAUCU